UGACUCGGAAUAGUGUUUAACAACGCAAAUAUACAAGCCACCUAGCACACUUCACGUUUUUCAUUUAUUCAUUCUGUUUUUUACUAUUUAUUAAUGAAUUCGCAUAACACUCUUUGACUGUGAGCCUAGAAAGAUAAAUUUUUACCAAAGUGAUUUAGCGGAUUUUGAAACGGCCGCUGAGUACUAAGAACCUGCGUUUCUAUAUUUAAAUUAUUUACUUUAGCUGUAUCGACUAACAAAUGUCUUUCAACGAAGUUAAGCUUUCACGGCUUUUGAUCUUAGCCACGAAGUUUAACAAUUUUUAUCUGACAGGUUUUAAUAAAGGCGAUAUUCGUCCUUUUGUGGUUGAGGGUCAUCAAGUGGGUCUGAUCAAAUCUGAUGUUCUUAAACAGCUGGUAAAAUAUCCUGAAGUAUUUUGCAUAAGAGAUUGCGAACAAACUAAACAGGGCUUAGUGGAGCUUAAUCCAGCUUUUCGGGAUUAUAAUGAACGCACUGAACAACUUGAAAAGGUAUUACGUGACCUUCGCUCAAAUGGAUUAUUUCCAGCUUUACAGGGUUGGCGUGACGAGUAUUUUGAAGUAAAGUCCGAGCAUAGGGCACUUUUAAAAAUGGAACGUGCGGCUACGCCUUUUGGGGUGCGCAAGUACGGCGUCGACAUAAAUGGCUACGUUAGGCAUCCAACCCAGGGACUAUGCAUUUGGCUUCAACAAAGAUCCAAUACAAAGGAAACAUGGCCUGGCAAGUGGGAUAAUAUGGUAGGUGGUGGGCUUUCCGUAGGGUUUGGCAUUAAAGAGACUGCAAUCAAGGAAGCUGCUGAGGAAGCAUCGAUUCCAAAAGAUUUAGUGAAGAACUUGGUAUCGGCUGGAUGUGUCUCUUUUUAUUUUGAAAGUCGUCAAGGUCUUUUUCCAAAUACUGAAUAUGUAUUUGACUUGGAGCUGCCUUUAGAUUUCAUUCCUCAUAACGCAGACGGUGAGGUUCAAGCAUUCGAAUUGCUUCCAGCCAAAGAGUGUGUGGAGCGUCUUUUUACGCCAGAUUUUAAAACUACCUCAGCGCCGGUAGUAAUUGACUUCCUCAUACGUCAUGGUCAUAUAACGGCAGAUGAUGUUGUGGACUUCACACAAAUCGUGGAGCUUUUACAUGUGCCCUUACAAUCUCUUUACACAUAUAAGUCGCGCAUGGAACACGCCCAGAAACAAAAUAAGAAGAUAUUAUGUAGCGAGGACAAAAACUGCAAUUGUGCAAAGCCGUUAGAGAAUGGGGGCAUAAAAUCGCGCCAUAAUUGAAAAUAAUUGUAGUCAGAAAUAGACCGAAAAAAGAGGGAAUGCAAUAAUAAUUAAAGUAAAUAACAAAUAACCGAAAAAAGAGGGAAUGCAAUAAUAAUUAAAGUAAAUAACAAUAGUAUUACUAAAAAUAAUAUAAAUAACUAUGAUGUUAACUACGAACUACACUACUUAAGGCGAGUUUAAUUUGUAAUGUCGAUUAUCAGUAAUAUUUAAAAUUUCUGGUAAUGAAAAUACUUAUUUGAAUUUCAAAAUUAUUACACUAUAUAACCUUUUAAUUAUUUGCAAAUUUUUUAUAUAUACAUUAAUUAUAAAUAUUUUAGGGAUAAUUGUUGCAUGCUUGUUAUUUCCAUUUGACGUUACAUUCUUGAAUUUUUUGUAAAAAUAGACUUAUAGACACAUAUACAUAUAAAAAUAAAAAUUUAAAAUAGUUUUAACUAUAAAAUAAAACUGAAUACUAUUGCAUACCAAAGUGCUCAAUCUAUCUAUCUAUAAAUAAUCUAAAUAUUUAUAAAUAAUAAAAAAAUCUAAAAAUAAUUUUCUCCAUAAAA